CUACUUCUAAAAGCCAAAAUGGGAAAGGAAAAGAUUAAUAUCAACAUUAUCAUCAUUGGACACAUAGAUUCAGGCAAGUCCACCACUACUGGCCAUCUCAUCUACAAAUGCGUGGGCAUUAACAAAAGAGCCAUUCAAAAACUUGAGAAGGAGGCUGCUGAUGUGGGAAAGGGCUCCGUUAAGUAUGUCUGGGUCUUGGAUAAACUGAAAGCUAGGCAUGAAGCUGGUAUCACCAUUGAUACCUCCGUGUGGAAAUUUGAGACCAGCAAGUACUAUCAGUGGACAAGAAGGCUGCUGGAGCUGGCAAAGUCAUCAAGUCUGCCCAGAAAGCUCAAAAGGCUAAAUUAA